AUGGCUCCCCGGAAGAAGGAGACGGCUCUCGAGCUGUGCGACAAGGCAACGGUGCUCGGCAACACCAUCGCCAUCCGGAUGCUGGAGUACCUCAGCACGGUCAAGCACCAUGUGCAAGGCUUCAAGGAGCUCGCCAACGAGUUCCUCGAGGUUUGUCGGAUCCUGUGGGCCAUCGAGACGGGGCUCAACACCAACAAGCACUCGAACCUGCCCGCCGACAUGACCGUGGAGCUCGAGAAGCGCUUCCGCCAGGCCAACGACGACUUUAUUGUGCUAAACCAGCUGGUGACCAGGUUCCUCGACAACGACAAGAAGCACGGCUUCGCGCGGCUGUCCAAGGGCUUCAAGAUGAUGUUUGCCGACUCGGACGUGCACAAGAUGCGCGCGAGCCUCGAGAAGACGCGCGAGGCGCUGAGGAUGUCGGCCCUGGUCUUCCGGUGGUCCCUCGGCGAGGCGGACGUUGAUGCCACCAUCGGCAUCGGCUACACCGGCCUGGCCGCCGCCCUGGACCGGUUGAACGGCACAAAACGGACCAACUCGGCCAACACGAUCCAGCCCACGGCGGCGCCCUCGCAGCAGGGCCUGUCGAGGUCGACGCCCCAGCCGGCCCCCUCAGAGGUAAGCCGACCUCGGACAUUCGACCCGGGGCACGAUCUCCCCCCCGCACUGCCGCCGCUGAACAUCAUGGACCGGCAGUCAACGACGAGCCACGACUUCAUGGGCAACCGCAUCACCGGCACGACGGCCGUCGACGACCUCCCGGACCUGCCGGACCUGCCGGACCUCGGCGGUGGCAUGCCGGACCGCGCCCCCUCCCGGUCGGUACGAGAUGGCCCUGGCAGCCUGCGGUCCUCCAAGGGGCCGGCGCAGAGCUUGGUAAGGGAAAUCCCGCCAUCGGACAUGUCCAGCCCGACAGGAAGCAGCAGCCGUGGUAACAGCACCACCCAGACAGACAACGCGUCCACCCACACGGCCGAGACCGAGACGCUGCUCGAGGACCUCCUGUCCGAGGCCGACCUCAGCGACACCAACAAGAUGCCGCAGCACGUCACCCGCAUCAAGGCAGACCCGGCCACGGUCCCGCGCUGGACGCCGCGGUACAGCACCGGCAGCAACGUGCCGCAGUACAAGGCCGCGCUGGCCCAGGCGGUGCAGAAGAAGAACCACGGCGUCAUCGAGCAGCUGCUGGACCGCGGCGUGGCCCCCGACACGCUGGCCGAGAUCAACCUCCUGCGCGAGGCCGUCAUGAACCGCGACCCGGAGUCGGUGCGCCUGCUGCUGCUGUUCGGCGCGGACCCCAACAGCGUCGACAGGAACGGCUUCUCGCCCCUCUUCACCGCCACGGAGCUGGGCUACCUCGACGGCGCCAAGAUGCUCAUCAAGUACGGGGCCGACCCCAACCUCAGCGCGGGCCCGGACGCCGACUCGCCGCUGGCCAUGGCGGUGCUGGACAACAAGCUCGAGAUGGUGCAGCUGUUCCUCAUGUACGGCGGCGACCCCAACCGCGUCAUGGCCAACGGCAACACGGUGCUGAUCCGCGCCAUCAACCGCAAGACGCCCAAGCGGGUCGUCGAGCUGAUGCUCAACUACGGCAGCGACCCGGACGGCAAGAACGGCGAGGGCACCAGCCCCAUGUACCAGUGCGUCAGCGUCCAGCGCCUCGACCUCGCCAUCCUGCUGCUGGACCGCGGCGCCAGCGCCGACCUGCCCGGGCCCAAGCACCUGCUGUGGCCCAGCGCCUACCAGCCCCAGUUCCUCAAGCUGCUGCUGUCGCGCGGCGCCGACUUCCGCAAGGCCCCCGGCAUCAUGGAGCUCGCCACCAGCAUCAACAACAUCGAGUCGGUGCGCACCCUGCUCAGCGCCGGCGUCGACCCCAACGCCAAGAAGGACGGCGUCUACACCCCGCUGUGCUCCGCCAUCCGCGACAACCGCGGCGACAUCGUCACCCUGCUGCUCGCCAGCGGCGCCGACCCCAACCUGCCCGCGAGCGAGUACCCCUGCUUCAAGUGCGUCACCCACCACCGGAGCCACCUCCUGCCGCAGGUCAUCGAGGCCGGCGGCGACCCCACCGAGCCCAAGGGCAUCGUCGAGAAGGCCGUCCAGCACAACAACAAGGACGCCCUCGUCUACCUGCUCGACUUUGGCGUCGGCGUCAACGUCAAGUCGCCCGAGGGCUACACCCCGCUCACCACCGCCAUCCGCGAGGACCGCGCCGACAUGGUCGACCUGCUGCUCGCCCGCGGCGCCGACCCGGGCAUCCGGGGCCAGGACUGGCCGCUGUGCAUGGCGGUCAAGCGGCCCAACAUCCUCAAGAAGCUGCUGCCCGCCGUGUCGAACCCCAAGAUGUUCAGGGGCGUCGUGGAGAUGGCCGUGUGCGCCAACCAGCUCGAGAGCAUCAAGCUGCUGCUGUCGGCCGGCUUCUCGGUCGAGGCCAAGAACGGCGGCGUCUUCUCGCCCCUGACCAGCGCCAUCCGCGAGGGCCACAAGCACAUCGUGCACUACCUCAUCGACGAGGCCGGCGCCGACGUCAACGCCCCCGGCGAGCACCUGCCCAUCAUCAAGUCCAUCCGCCGCAUGCGCAACAACGACACCGAGAUCCUGGAGCUGCUGCUGGCCCGCGGCGCCGACAUCAACCUGAUGUACCGCGGGUGGAACGCCGUGCUGCAGGCGGUCGAGAACGGCGACGCCCACGUGCUCAAGAUCCUGGUGGAGAAGGGCAACGGCAUCGACCUGGAGCAGCGCGACGAGAACGGGCGGACCGUGAUGGACAUUGUGCAGAGCCACGGCUGGGAAGAGGCCGUGACUAUCAUCAACGGCGGUGGAAGGCGGUAG